UCGUGGAAGAGGGUGACAUGCAGGUUGCAAACUUUUUCAUUCUGCGCUAUUUUCAUGCUGUCAAUCGGUCAGGUUCAUCAUUGGAAUGUUGCGACAUGGAUGGGAAGUGAAGCGGUUACAUUGACACUGUUACACUGUAGCGUUGGUGGUUAAAAUGUUAUUAGUGGUUGUUGUUAGAGACAGACUUGGCAGAAUGAUUAACCCCUCUGUUAGGCUUUCAAGUUGCAUGACUACUCGUUUUUUCCGUUUGCGUUGAAGAAACUGUGCGACAGCAGCCUGUUUACUUAGUCGUUAUCCUCUUUGUCCCUGCAAGAAAUUGUAUUGCGUGGCAUUUGUCUAGCUAGCUUGUAUGUACAGAUGACAGGAGGACGAUGAUGUCAUUGAUAACCCCUCCCAUGGCCAUCAAUAUGACAAAUGGAGUGUCAUUUGGCUAACUACUGAAGGAGACGCGGAUCGAACAAGACAGUUGCAGCGUGGUGUUGGUGCACUUUACAGGGGAAAGAUGUUGGCAUGACUAGGUUUUUAGCCGGUACAUGGAAGCUGCAUUCUUCUGAUGGCGAGAAAUGCAGGAUUUAUCGAUGACGUCAUCCAUAUGCGUUAUAUAUUGCGCCUGUGAAUUUCUGCGGACAAUAAGUGGGACUCACUGACAGAAAGUGUUGGUUCGGUGGAAGUUCCAAAGAUCCGUCCACUGGUUGCAAGCUUUUAGCAGGUGCUGGUGAGGUUUCAAGGAACUAGCUGAGAGAGAGAGAGAGCGAGAGAGCAAGAGAGGGAGUGAGAGUGAGAGUGAGCAAGCGAGAGAGAGAGAGCGCCAUGGGGUUUGGGAAGCAGCAGCAGGCGGCCUGUGGUGCCCGCACCCCCUCCUCGGCGCUCCUCACCCCCCUGCUCUGAUGGAGCGUCCCUGUGGACGCCCUCUCAGCUACGCCCUGCACGCACGACCAGGAGACGCAGGAGAACAAGAACUAAGAGGAGGAAGUGGAGGAGAAGGAGAGGUGGCUUAACCAACACUUUCUACCACAACCUGCCCAUCUCUGGCCGAUCUGUUCGAUCCAUACAGCACUGUCCACUCUCCAUUGUCCCGACGCCACACCACGCCGUUGCCUCUCCUCUCUUUUUGGCACCUGUGGCUGCUUUGGGAUCACUCCCGGUGGUGUACUCCUCCUGACUGAAUGCACGUAAGACACUAUUAAACAGACAGAAAGAAGACAGGACAGGAGAGGAGAGGAGAGGACCUUUAGUAAACGUUGCACUCUCACACUACUCUUCGACUGACCGAGCAGCAGCAGCAGCAGCAGCGUCGGCGGCGGCGUGCUUGGGCUUCCAGCGCCAUGGUCAUCUGGAGAGCAGCCUGGCUGAGCGUGGCACCACCACCAGAACUGGGCAGCCUGUAGGAGGGGCAAGGUAGUGGUACACCCCACCCAGCCCCUGCCCAGCCCUGCCCUGCCCUGCCCGCAGCAGCAGCAGCAGCAGCAGCACCAGCCGCCAAGCUUCAACACCCAUGCCAUGGAAGGGGAGAUUAUCCUGGCCAAACACACCGAGGGUCUGAAUGGGUUGCCUCAAGAAUGUAAGCAGAUGGUGGACCUCACCAAUGGACACUCCAACCACAAACAUGAGAUGAAUGGAGUGCCUCCGGGCCAUGCCAUCGUUAAGGAGCACACCAACGGAAACUCCCAUCACAAACCCGUGCCAAUUGCUGCGCUGAAGCAGAAUGGCCUAUUGCAGUCCCUGGCAGCCGGAGGUGAUCAGCCCAGGACAGAGGAGGUGAGCUCGGAGGUGGAGAGGGCCAGAGAGGAAUGGGAUGCCCUUGAGAGCAUCCAGCCAGUGCUCCCGGAGGAGCUGGCCCCCUCCCCGCUCAUCUCCUUCAACGAAGCCCUGCAGCACUUCCAGACCACAGACCUCGCCGAGCUCCUGAAGAACAUCCAGCCGACGGUGCGGCGUACGGGUCUGGCGGCCAUCACCCACUUCCUGUUUGGCCCACCCCGUCUGCACAAGGAGCUGCUGGAGGAGAGGGACCUGGUCUUCGCCAUCGCACAGUGCUCCCUGGACAAUGUGCAGCCGGUGCACAUGCGCGUGCUGCAGACCAUCUACAAGAAGCUGACUGGCAACCGCAACGACUGCCCUCGCUUUGGAGCCCACUGGGAGAGUGUGGGCUUUCAGGGUACGGACCCGGCCACAGACCUGCGAGGCACAGGCUUCCUGGGCCUCAUGCAUACACUUUACCUGGUCAUGGACCCAGAAACACUACCUUUAGCAAGAGACAUCUACAAGCUGUCCCAGCACCCAGUGCAGAACUUCCCUUUCAGCGUGAUGUCCAUCAAUAUGACACGCAUUGCCUUGCACGCGCUCAGAGAGGAGGUCUUAUCCAAGGAGUGCAACCGACGGCAACAGGUUGUCGGGGUGAUAAACGACUUCUACGCUGCCACCUUCCUGCAUCUGUUCCAGCUGUGGAAGACGGAGCAGAAGACCAUCUCGGACUCGGGCUACGUGCUCAAAGAGGUGGAGAUGUUUGCCAAAAAGAACCCCAAGCAGGUCCUGCGGCGCCUGGAAACCCACCUGAAGGAGCGUCGCGGCAGGAUAGGCCAUCGAGCGUCGCCGGACAGCCUGACGCACAGCAACCGUUCCCCUAGCGACCGGGGCUCCACCCUCGGGGGCGGGGCCCAGGGGACCAAAGAGGGCAAGGACAUGAACUUCACCGGGGUCUGCGACCUCCCGGCCGACAUGGAGGGAGACGCCAGGCUCAUCUAACGGAAGAACGAGUGGAGCGUGAGAAAAGAGAAGUGGAAGAGAUAAAGAGAAGGGAUUUUUUAAAAAGGAGGGGAGAUUGGUGGGUUGGUUGGUGAAAGUUUUGACAUAGAGUUGAGAACGUUGUUUUCCCUCUCUCUUUAACAACCUCCCCCUCCUCUCUCUCUCAACUUUUGCACACGACAAACGCACACCCCACACAUGCACGCUCACACACAGACACAAACCCAAAACGUCAGACAGACAGGCGCACUGCAGCGCACUUGGCCAGCAUGGCUGCACAUAUGUCUUGGAGAGCUGUUCCUCUUUCUCUCUCUUAUUUUUCAACAGAAGUAGACUUCAGGGUUACAGAUUCAAUACAGAUCUUUCUGCCUCUCUCUCUAUCUAUUGCUCUCUCUCUUUCUUUCUCUAUCCCUCUGCGCAUCAGUAGUUUGUUUCUUCAUAGAAGAACCUCCCUCCCUCGUGACUUACCGUAAUACGUGCUUAUUACACCGAGCAGUCGCCAAGGUGAAUAGUUGCCAAAUAUUGUUUUGUUUUGUUAUGAACUUUUUGUGUUUUGUUUUUUUUUGCUUUGCUCCCCCUCCCCCUAUCUUGCAGCUUGGUGUUCAGGUAGAAAGCAUCCUCAUGGUCCAUGGUGGUGUGGAGGUGGGAUGGGCAGGCUCAGGGAGAAGUGACUGGCUGACUGACCAUGGUUUAAAGAGGUGCAAAGGUUUUUUGCAGGAGCUGCUUGUGUGUUUGUUUAGGGUUGGCUGUGAAUGUGCUGCACAGGGGUGCAUUUCUCGAAAGCGUCGUUUCUAACUACGGUAGCUACUUUGUUGGUUACAGUGCAAUUUCCCACUGACAACUACCCAAGUUGCUAACUGCUAAAAAUUACGCAUUUGAGAAAUGUACCCCAGAGCAGCGAAGAGGCCAUUUUGGUAGAGACUAGAGAGAAGUCACUAAACAGUCACUAAAGGGAGUGUCAAAGACGGCAGCGAGCGAGGUACACCAUUUUUUUAAUCAUUGUGUGCACUAAGUGAGAGACUGAAUAGGUGGACUGCCACGCGUGUUUGGCAUAACUCUCUGUUUUGCUUGCAUGUGUGUGUGUGCCUGUGUGUGUGCGUGUGUGUUAAGUAUUAAAAGUGUUGUACCUAUUUGCUCAGAGACAUUUAACUGCUUUGUAAAUGUUACAUAGGAAAACAUGGUGUCAUUCUGCGCAAGUGGUUAACAGUGCAAUCCAAUGCAGCCCUAGUGAAGCGCUCCCUAACCUUGCAAAAAGUGAUGUGAAGUAUGUGUUGGUAGUUUGUGUUUGUGGGCUGAGAGUGAGUGAGGCAGAUGAGGUCGAGAUCUCUUGGCACUAUUCUUUUGAUUUAUUUUUUUAUUAUUGUCGUUAUUUUCUUCGUUUCAGAGCUCUACAAUUGUUCUCUAUGGAUGAAUUCUAGCUAUAUUAAAUAUAUAUGAGUAUAUUUUUCAAAGACUUUACACUGAAGCUAUUUUAUUCGUACCAAUAUGAAGAACACAAACUAAAGGUUAAACAAAAAAAACAAGGCACUUCCUCAUGGGCUCCCUCAGGACGACAAUGGUUGUCAAGGAAACUCCCGUCGGUGUCGCCGGGGUCCCAUGUAUAGGCUGCAAAAUGUUUAAAGAGGGGGCUGUUGGUGACGCAUCACCACAUUGACUUAACCACCCGCUCCCCUACCCUACACCAGCCACACACCCCUCUUUUCAGACUGUUACUGUCAUCCCCCUCCCCGGCUCAGAGUAACGGGGGAACGUUUUGACGGAAAGCAUUUCCCUCCUUAGCUAUAAUUAGCAGUUGCUAGCCUAGCACAAAGCAAGACUGUGGCUUUGCUUCCCCAACCAGUGAGCACAUGUACACGGCUUGCUCCUCAACAGCUCUCACCCUCUUCCCUCUUGGCUAGCAGGUUCUUUGUCAGCCGCAUGCGAGAAAAAUUAACGAAUAAAUAACUAAAUUAAUAACAAGACAAGUCCUCUGCAAACGCCGUGCUGGUGGCUGUAGAUGUAUGUAGUCUUUACCUGGUGUGUAAAAAAAUUGUGUAUGAAGCCUUUGACAGGUUUUUUGCAGUUCGUACAUUAAAAAAUAAUUAAAAAGCGGUACGUCUUGGCAAUAGUGGUAGGAAGCUAGUGUUCAACAACUUUUUCGGUAAAUGUGUUUUACAUAUGAUUGAGAAGCGCUUAUGAAUUUUAAGGACCUGUUUCCUCUACACUUCAGGGUGGUGGCCUAAACACAAGGAGAGACAUUCUAAGAACACAUUAGCAUUCUGAGAACACUAAUGGGUAAUGACAUCUGGACUGAAUAGCAGGCAGGCAGUUCAUACUGCCACACUUACAGAGUUGACCUGAAGACUGACAGCGUUGGUCCUAGCUACUCCUAAGAGUGUUGAUUUUACACUGCAAAUGUUACUGUGUAGCCUACAGACUUGGUCGUUCAUCACAAAGCAUCAGUUGGGAAAAAGAUAUGUUGCAGAGUAGUAAAUAUUUGUUGUUGUCUGCUGGAGGGUGGCUGGAGAGUGAUCGUACUUAACUAUCAGCAUACGGUCCUAGUCAAACUGCUCAUCUCCUGCGGAGUAGACUGAGGUGGGGCUGUAGGAGCUCAUGUCUGUUCCAGCAGAAUAGUGCCAGCUCAUCUGGGGUGCAUUUCUCGAAAGCGUAGUUGCUAACUACAAUAGCUACUUUGUUGGUUGCAGUGCAAUUUCCUAUUGGCAACUACCCAAGUUGCUAACUGCUAACAACAACACUUUUGAGAAAUGCACCCCUGGUCAUGACUGGUCUAGCUGAUGAGAGCGAGGUAGUUGGCCAUCUGUAUGGUCAAGACCCAACUUGUUUGACCGAAGAUGGUUGGUCUGUUCCCACACGACAAAGUCCGAGGUGGAUUUCCUGACCUACAGGUCUACAUUUUAAAGGAAGGACGGUCUCUGAACUUCUCUUAUUCGUAGCAUGCUCCAUAGCACUAGAGCCGUACGUAGCACCAGAGAAAUCGUUGUUGGUUUUUGUUGGUUAUAAUUUUGUAGUUUUCUCUCCUUUUAAAAAAAAUGUUGUUGACAAGAGGCUUGUUCUAUUACUCGGUAUGUUCACUCGUGUCUUUUUUGGCAAAAAAUGUUAAGUGUUGUGUCAGAGGUUUUUAAAAAAAAGAAAAAACACGGUAUAUUUCUGUGAUUUUCUCCAGUUUCUUCAGUUCCCUUUGCAACAACAGCAAAAAACUCAUGAUUGAAUAGUAGGAGUUGUCACGUUUUCAGUCCCUGUGUUUAGUUGAAUAACACACUAGUAUUUUCUGUACUCAAAUCAGUACAGUACCUUUAGAACAUGAUCAUUGGGACCCGCUUGUGGCACAGAGAAUCCCGACUUCAAAUGAAGAAGAAAAAAAAACAUUAGUUUAGCAUUUAUUUUUUCAUGCAUUACCCCAAUGCGUCAUUGCCCAGUGACACAUUUUACUCAUCCAGGAAUUAUUGAGAACACACACACACACACACACACACACACACACACACACACACACACACACACACACACACACACACACACACACACACACCAAAAUAGUCAUUGAGCCUGAUGGAAGGUUACCAGUUGAAUGUGAUAAAUUUGGCCAGAAACACAACUAUCAUUUCUCUGUAAUUACAUCUUUUAUGCACACACACAUGCACACAUACACAUGCAAGCAAACAAGCGUUUCCAUCUGCUUCUUUCCCUCCAUUUGCUGUGACAUCACCAUAAACACACACGCAGACACACCACACACACACACACACACACACACACACACACACACAGGUUACCGCCCACACCAAUGCAGGCACACCACACACCGAGCUCCUCUCUGCUCAGUUGGCCUCGGUGGCGAAGUGCCGCUCGUGAGCAUGCCUGAAGAGCCUCCCUCAUCGUGCCGCAUGAUUGGUGGAGAGAGCUGACGUUGGCGGUGGGCGGUGCAGUGCAGAGAGAAACACUAGUGCCUCGGAGGGGAGGGGAGGGGACAUGACAGGGGACGACGGGGUGUCACCCAGCCAGUGUCCUGGGGAAGAGCCCCAGGUGGAAAGCAUUCAUAAGCUAUUUACAAAAUAAAAGCAUGACAGCAGCUGUGUGUGUGCGUUUGGGGAUAGGGCAGUAGGGAUGGGGAUAUU